CUUAGUUUCAGUUGUGUUUUGCAUCUGUAACAUUCUCAACGCGGCAAUUACAAAUAUUUUCGGUUUCACGCGCGCGCCGGAAGAAGUUUUUGUUUGUGUUUUUUUCGUUCGUUCUCUCUUGCCUUCCUUAAUUAUAGUAUUUUCGCUUACUCGUUGCCUCAGCGCUAUUUAUUUAAUUGCGGAGUCAUUAGUGCUUAAUAGUGGGAGCAUAAUUAAAUCGAGACAAUUCACGUCAACUUUAUUGUUGUAGUUGUCUUUUGUUCUAAUUUGGUUUUUUCUCAUAUAACCUCAAAAUGUUCAAUUCCAAAUAUCGGCUUCGAAGAACGCCGGCUGAUGUCUUCCAGCUAAUGUAUCCCAGCCAUUUUCGUACGCGUUAUUAUACCAAAAACAACAACUGCUGUGGGCAUACACUGAGGCCGCGUCCCACCAUCUAUCGACGGCGAUUUAUAAGACCUUUGUUACUACCAACACCAGAUCAUCCAAAUAUGAAUGGCUACAGUCGCAAGUCACCAUCAAAGCGUCGCUAUGAGGGCUCGAAGUAUCCGGUGUUGCCGAAGAAGAAGCCGCGUACGGGCAAGGAGCGUGUACCACAACCGAAGAAUACCGUCGCCAUGCUGAAUGAGCUGCGUCAUGGCUUGGUAUAUAAAUUGGAGUCGCAAACUGGGCCGGUGCAUGCCCCACUAUUCACCAUUUCCGUUGAGGUAAGCAUUGUGAAUGAUAUAAUCGAUUGUUUGCCGUUUGUUAGCGUAAGUAUGAAACAUUUACGUUACUGGAACAAUCCUUUUUAAGCGAACAGCGACUUU